CCCACAGACACACACCCAGCAGAGAGGAGACAGAUAGGAAACAGAGGGGAGACAGACAGGAGACAGACAGGAGACAGAGGGGAGACUCAGUGACUAACCAAACUGGAAUGAAAGUGAGGAAACAGCACGGCAGGAAAGGAAGAGUCAGAGCCAAGCAGAAAAGCAAUAUUUGCCUUAACUGUGCAGAGUGUAGAAUUUAACACAAAGCAAAGGGGAAAGGGAGUGACACCGACUGAGACCUUUGCAGACACAAAGCAUCUGCUGAAUACCUGGAGUUUCAGAAACACCAGGAUAUAUCAGAGAAUGACAAAGGUCUAAACUCUCAUCAUCAGGGUAUAAACCUCCACCUGGUCAAUGUCUUCUGUCUGACCUCAGGAUCUGGAUGUUCAUGUCGUGGAGACCUACCUCUUCUUCUCUCGACGCGCAUUCUCAGAGAAGGAAGACAGGUUAAAGAAUAGAGUGUAUUCACAUCUUCUCUUACUGUUAGUGUGAGAGGUGAGCGACAGAGAGACAAAUCCUCAGAACUGCUCCACCAAUCACACAGCCUAGGGAGGAUGAGUCUGCCGAGGAACCAGACCCUGGAGAACGGCAUCACCAAGCUGCAUCACAUUAACAAUGGGGAACCUCUGUCUUCACUGCAGUUCCACCUCCAGCACACAGGCUCUGUGACCUCUGUGCCAGGGUCGCCCACGGGGGGGUCAGGGGUGGUGGUGGUGCCACCCCCGUACUCAGUAGCGGGCAGUGUGGCGGGGGCUACGGACGCCACUCUGGAGCUGAGAGGCUCUCUGGACUGCUGGGCGUGCUCAGUACUGGUGACGGCUCAGAACCUGAUCAUUGCCCUGGUCAACAGUACGCUGGUCAGUAUUGUGUUCGGCACCAUCAUGACCCCAGCGCUGGUCAUGGUCGUGUUUGGCUUCCUAUGUCACUCUACGGUGCAACCCAAUGGCACGUCCCUGUACUGUUCAGACCUGCUGGAUGACGGUGGCUGUGUGGCCCUGCUGGUGGUGGGCUUCAUCCUGGUCACCCCUCUCCUGGUCCUGGCUCUGGCUGCUUACUGCCGCCUGGCCCGCCACCUCCAACUGGGCCUCUGUUUCAUCCCCUACAGCAGGGCCGUCUACAAGAACCUGCCUGCCUCGCGUCAACGUGGAGGAGGCUGCUGUGGCCAGCAGGGGGCCUCAGAGGGGGAGGGCAAAGGCAGUGUGUGGGUGUGAGGGGAGGGAUAUGUUGACCCUAACCACUGAUGCAGGGUCAGAUAACAUUUUCUUGCCUCUUAAGGUUACGGUUAGGAUUGGGGAUCAAGUAAUCUGAUCCUAGAUCUGUAGAUAGAGGCAACUUCUACCUUGAGCAGGGAGGGAAGGAAUGUGAAGGAAGGGAGAGAACAGGGCAUGAGGGUAGUAGGGAAAGUUGAGGUGUGGACUCGUGGAGAUGUUGUUUAUGGACACAGUUAUAAUAUGCCUAUGAGUCUUUUGGUGGGGGUGGUGUGGAGGUGGAUCUUACAAUACACUGGUUUGUAGAUUGCAGAGAGCAAAGGUGAAGCUGUAAAAACACAAGUAUGCUACAUGAAGUACUAUCAAAUACCACUGUAACUACACUGCAAUUAUUUGUCAUUAUGUUUGUUUUUUAUGUUGAAUUAUCCUGUACUAUUAGUAAAUUAUGUUUGUUUAGAAUAAAAUAUUUCCAUUAUAUCAGAAAAGGUGUUUUGUCUUAUAGAAAUAACUACAAGUGAAUCAGUUUCUGUCUGGCAUGAAAUGACAACAUGUCCCUCUAGUGGAGCACGAGAUUCCAACUGCCAUUACAUCACCUCACAAACAAUGUGGGUUACCAAGGCUACUAUCUCUGAUGCCAUAUGACAGCUGUCAAAUGUUGACUCUUUCAUCAAAGUUUUAAUGACAUAUUAAUUCCAAGUAAGAACAUCAUAGAAAUAUGUUAUACAGAAUCAAAACACUUUUAUAGCAUCACUUCACUCAGUAACUGGAAGGCUUUGUGUCACGACUUCUGCCGAAGUCGUUGCCUCUCCUUGUUCGGGCGGUGCUCGGCGGUCGACGUCACCGGUCUUCUAGCCAUCAUCGAUCCAUUUUUCAUUUUCCAUUGGUUUUGUCUUGUCUUCCCACACACCUGUUUUCAAUCCCAUCCAUUACCUGUUGUGUAUUUAACCCUCUGUUUCCCCUCAUGUCUUUGUCAGAGAUUGUUUGUUGUCAGUGUAGUGUUUAUUUUGUAUAGGUGAGCGACGGGUCUUCGUACCCAUAUUUGUUUAUUAUUCAUUUUCUUAUGAGUGUUAUGGAGCA